AUGUCGGGGCCACCACCGCCACCAAAGGACCAUAACUCGCGGCGAACGUCUACCACCAGCAGCAACUCUCAAUCCAACAGCAGCAGUCAUGGCAUUCGUAUCGUCCCCUACACGCCACCAAAGAUUGUUCACGGUCAAUCUGAAGGUUGGGGGGGAGGAGGGCGGCGCACAUCGAGCCAAUCGUCGUUCGCAUCGUCCUCGCAGCACCAACAACAGCUUCAGCAAUUGUACAAUGAGCGACCCCAAUCGCUAUUGCUGCAGCAGGCACAGCCACAGCCACGCUAUAGCUAUCCACAACUGCCAAAACCCGAACCCGCUUAUUAUCAAGGCUCUGGGGACGAGGGCGGGCGCAGCCAGGGAAAUUCAGCAAAUGUCGUCUCGGCUAAUCGAUUGGCCGAUACCAAAGGGGGUCUGGUUUCAGGCACGAAACCAGCCGCACCACCAAGCGAACCAGCAACCCCUCCACCAGCCCCUGGUGCAGGGCCACCAUUGCUUGGCCCCCGCGGCUCCAAUUUCAUUGCCCUUAAUGCGCAAUUACACGAACCGCAACCACCAGCGCGCCAAUCCUCGAAGCGUCACCUGUCAGUGCCUGCCUCAUCAAACUCGGUAGCAUCUAGCAGUAACGAUGGCGCGACCGGUUCUACUCGCCCAAAGUCGCGGCGCCGCAACUUUGUCGCCAUUCAUUCCGACAAGACAUUUACUCUAGUGCCCCUCGCCAAGACAGGCUUUUUUGACAGCCAUACCAACAGCACCACAAGCGGGCGCACCAGCGUUGGGAGUCAUGGCCUGUCUUCGGACCCAGGGAGUCUCGGCAGCCGCAGCACUGUAACAUCUCCACCGCUGUCCAUGUCAACCGUCAGGUCCUCCGGCUCGCAUGAAGGCCUGUCAGACGCUUUUUUCUCUGACGCUUUCACUGAUGAUCGUCCUAAUUCGCCAGCCAGUUCUGCGGACACUAUCCCUGAGCGGACCCAUGACGCGAGCCCACCUUCACCCCCUGUCACUGCCGUUGCCCAAUUGGAUGAUGAUCUUAUUGGCCCGCAGUCUUCUUCACCCUGGAAUUAUCGGAUGGUCGGCGGCUUGAGGAAAGUUCCCAGCACACCUCACCCUACUCGUUUUCAACCAUCUGAUGAUCGAGACUCGAGUUUAUCGCCGCUACUCGAAGCAUCUUCGACCCCAACUUCCGACCCGGAGAAGCAGCCCGCUCCUCCAGUACGCUCCCUAAUAACCAAAGAGUCCUUUACAUCAGUCCAGACCACCUCUACCUUCUCCGACACCGCCAAUUACAAGGUCUAUUCUCAGAGCUCUCCGCUCCGGAACUCGACAGAGACAUUGCCACCGCCGUCCCCCGGUAGCCCUAACGUCCAGCUACUCGGCCAAUCAUCGCCCGUAGGCCCUUCUUCUUACGACAGCAGCCCUGUUCGCCCUCACGGCAGCUCAGGUAGUGAAGACAACUACGUCGUUCACGGUGAACCCUCGCCAUCCCCCGCCGGGCCCCUCGCUGGGAGACCUCGACCCAAGUUCUCCCAAGAGAGUCUAGUCGUACCGCCCCUCCACCCGACGCGCAAAAAGUCCCAAGAAAAAUUCGGAUACUACAAGCAGCGCUCCAGGGAAAACCUGCGUCGAGAUCGACCGUCUUCUUCAAGGUCGACACAGUCAAUCUCGUCCGUCAUUGCUUCGGACACUGCACGGACCCUAUUCGCCGGCGCAGCCUCUAUACUCAAGUCUCAUAGCGCUACCACAGGGGACAAGUCAAGCAGUGCGUCGCGACUGCAGCCAGAUUCAUGGGCGGUCUCACCACCAAGUCAUUCGGGCUUCGGCAAAAAGACACAAUCCUUGACCGUCCCCAUGAUAGAACCACAUCCACACCAAUGGAGCUCCCAGCUGUCCACGGUCAUGUCGGAGGACGAGGAGGGGAGCAGUCAAGGUGGUUCAAGGUCACUGUCCAGAUCGACUCUGAGGCGCGGAGGUAGCAUAAGUGGCAGCGGCACCGGCAGCGGGAGUGGUAAUGCCAGCGGAGAUGAGCGGAGGAACAGUACAGGUUGGGCUAGUAGCACACACAGUCGACAGCUACUGAGCAUAUCGUCUUCGCUCGCUGCACAACUCGAGGAAAGCCGCUCACAGACGGAUUCCUUGGAACGACCGGCAGCAGCGUAUGGACGCGGCAAUGGUUACUACGGAGAUCGAACUGUGCGAGAGCUAGAUGAAGAUGGCGAGGGCAUCACAGAUUUACGCCAAUUAUCCAACCGCCCCUCGCGAUCAGGCCUGUCUGGCUUCUUCAGCAGUAGCGACUCUUCCCGUAACCUACAUUCCUCAGCAAGCUCUCGUAGCUUUAACUCAUCUUCGGUUCCAGGAUGGGCCAGAGUCUACUACGGAUCAGGCGAACGCAAACAACUCAGUGCGCCAUCAAUAUCUGAGAUGUCUGAAGGAAGUCGACCCAGCUCUGCCAUGCGUGCCGAUCCUGGAAGCCCCAAUACCGAUCACUUCCCGUUGAAUUUAUGGAGCCCCAGGAAGCGAGUCAACGAGGUACAGCCCACCGGCGCUGAGCAACGACCCUUUUCAGACACUGGAAGCAUGGAGAUCGAAAACGCGCCCCCUAUGGAUGACUGGCGCAUCCGCCCUGGGCUGCGCAAAAUGACGAGUAGCAUAUGGUCACCUCACUUGCGACACGACAGGCGCGCCAGCCGGUUUAAUGCCUGGGACCCACCGAGUAUCAGCUGGAGCGCAGACAGUCAUGUUCUCGGCAGGAGGAAUGCACAGGUUGCCCUGUUUGUUCUGGGAUUCAUCUUCCCAUUUGCGUGGAUGAUCGCGGCAUUACUUCCGUUACCUGCCGAGCCCCAGCUACAGAUGUUGGAAGGCGACAAUAGCCAGAGCGAACUUGGAAUCCCAGACUCCCUCCGCCGCCGAGUCACCCCCGCCGACGACAUUCGAUACCAGAGUGCCAAAUGGUGGCGCACGCUCAACAGAUGCAUGUCAGCCGUUGGGCUGAUAAUAAUUGGCGUCGUGAUCGGUCUGGUAGUCGUUGGUAUACGGCAAGGAUGGUACCAGCGCCCCUGA